AUGCGUGAGACAACAGGCUCCGAGGUUUAUGUACAUGAAGAACGCGAUUUACAACCCCCUACUACUACUAUUACUACCUGUGUUGUCAGCCCUGUAUAUGCCGACCUCGACGGUGAUGAGGAAUCGUUUUGGCAAGCCCGUGACACCACCGACUCGGAUCUAGCAGACUCGGACGAUUUCUGGGAUUACGACGUGUCGGAUGAUUCGGAGGCUAAUGACUACACGGACUCCGAUUAUAUCUCCUCGACGGGGAGCUACACAUCUUCCAAUAAUCGUUGUCACUGUUCUGUGGAGGAAGGUAAAUCAGUGUGUAAAUGCGACGCUAGCUCUUCAAGUGAAUUCCGACAAGAUUACAAUGUUCAUGAUACCUAUUGA